CUUCAAGCGACAAUCGACAUGUCGAUGUUUGUUUUUAAUAUUACGAAUUCCGCGUCCCUAGUUGGUCUUGGUCGCAAAGUUUUAUUUUCCAGACUAUCACUAACCGCUACACAAGUUAGUUAUCAAGGUGAAGGGCUUAAACUUCAAGCUAGAAAUAUGGGAAGUUCCGAUUCAAAGUCUUACUCUCCUAAUCAGCAAUGCUCGAGUGUUCGACAUUCCGAACAUGGGACCAUUUCUCGGACAGAUUCCAGAGUCGAGUAUGUGGAGGCUGUAGUCUGCAAUGCAGAUGACUUAAAAGAAAACGAAAUGAAAGUAUUUGAUAUUGGAGAACAUGGCAAAGUUCUUCUUGUUAAGCAGAAGGGUGAAUUUAGUGCUGUUGGAACUAAAUGUACCCACUAUGGAGCCCCUUUGAAUACUGGUGCUUUGGGUGAUGGUAGAGUGAGGUGUCCUUGGCACGGAGCUUGUUUUAAUUUGAAGUCGGGAGACAUUGAGGACUUUCCUGGAUUUGAUUCAUUGCCUUGCCAUCAGGUGACAAUUACUGAGAAGGGUGAAGUUAAGGUCAGGGCUAACAAAGAGGACCUCAAAACCAACAAACGUGUUAAGGAUGUUGGUAGAUCAUCGCCUUGUGAAGACACUGCAGUUGUUAUUAUCGGGGGAGGACCAUCUGGUGCCACCUGCACCGAGACAUUACGCAGCGAAGGCUUCGGCGGACGCAUCACUCUCGUGUGCAAGGAAAACUAUUUACCUUACGAUAGGGUUAAAGUCUCCAAAAUCGGUACUGCGACUGAUAUUGAUAAACUUCAAGCAAGAACCGAGCAGUAUUACGAAGGGGCUAAUAUUGAAAUCAUCAAAGGAGUAGAAGCCACGAAAGUUAACACUGGUGAAAGAAUUGUUGAAUUGAGCAAUGGUACGAAACGUAAAUACAGUGCUCUUUACAUAGCAACUGGAGCCAAGGCUAGAGUUCCUGAUAUUCCGGGUAUAGAUUUAGAGAAUAUAUUAACGGUACGAAAUUUUGAUGAUUCCAUAAAAAUUUUAACUAAACUUGGAUCGGAUAAGGCUAAAAAUGUUGUGGUUCUUGGGUUAAGUUUCAUUGGUCUAGAAAUCGCAUCAUCUUGUGUUCAGAAGUCAAAAUCAAUGACGGUCAUUGGCAAAGAUACGCUACCGCUUGGUCAAGUAUUUGGUACAGAAAUAGGUCAAAGUCUACGAACAUUAUUCGAAGACAAAAAUGUUCAGUUUCACUUUGAAACUACAAUUGCUAAAUGUAAUGGUGAAAAUGGAGUUAUUAAGUCCGUUGAACUCACUAAUGGAACAACAUUACCAGCAGAUCUGUUAGUGUUAGGUAUCGGUACUACUUUUUAUACUGAUUUCCUGAAAGAUAGCGGAAUUCACAUGUUACCAAAUGGUGCUGUAAAUGUUAAUGAUAAACUUGAGACGAAUAUUAAGAAUGUGUAUGCUGGAGGCGAUAUUGCUUAUGCUCCCGUAUUUAUCGCUAAUAAUCAACAAAUGAAUAUAGGGCACAUUGGCCUAGCACAAUAUCAUGGACAAGUAGCAGCUAAGAAUAUUAUCAAAAAAGAGACCCCAUUGAGAUCAGUGCCAUACUUCUGGACUAUGCUCUUUGGUAAGUCAAUAAGAUUUGCCGGUUGUGGGAAACCUGUGAGCUCAAUGGUGGAUGGUGAUGUUGCCGGUCUAAAAUUUGUCAUAUUUUUCUUUGACGAAAAUGAUAAAGUAAUCUCUGUAGGCUCUUGUAUGAGAGAUCCUGUCGUCUCACAAUUUGCCGAAUUUCUUUAUCAAGGUAAAAGUAUUUACAGGAAAGAUCUGGAGAAUAACACUUUUGGGUGGACCGAAACUAUUCACUAAUAUAUACUUUCGAUCACAGUAUUAAAUUACGUUAAUUGGUAGUUUAUAAGCUUUAUUACUUACAAUAAUUAAGUGCUUUAGAAUUUAGAUAGUAUCAAAAGCUUAAACUCAAUACAUAUUGGAAAGCCUAUAUAAUAUCUUGCAAAUAGGAAAAUUGUGAUACCUAAUAAUAAUGCUAAGUUUCAUAUAACAUACAUUAUAAUAUAACCAUACUUAAAUACCCAAGUUUUACGAACUUGUUAACAAAAAAAAUGUAAUGAUAAAUUGUUUUAAUUGUUAUCAUGCCUCAACUUGAUAUCGCCACUUGUGAUAAUUAACAUGAUUUAAUUAUUAAAUUAGUAUUUCCUUAAUAUAAAUAUGCCUACCACCACCUGUGCUGUAAGUGCCUGUGUCUCAACAUCAUCAUAAUGAUCUUGUCAAUACAGCAUUGUAGAUAUAAACAAAUUUUUAUCAUAUUACUAGUGAAAUUGUAAUAUCAUGGCUUUGACAAUACCUACAACAUAUACAAAAAUAUUUGUUCAACUCUACCAACUAUUUGAAUUUAUUAGACAUGAUAGGGCACUGUCAUAUGAUGUGUUAAAACUCACUAUAUUGCCACCAUAACAUGCCUUAUCACCAGGUGGAGAUCUGCACAUUAUGUCGGCUUCUUUUGUAAACAAAUGUGAUAAGUAAUUAUUUAAAUUUAAUGUUUUGAAGUAAUGUGAUAUAUUCAUCUUGUUCUACAUAUAAGUUAUUAUUAAAGUACAACAAGUUUCUUUACAAGUUAUAUAUAAAGUUAUACAAAGUUUGUUGAAUUGUUAAUAUUAUUUCUAUGAAGUUUAAUCGGUCUUUUUCUAGGUACAAAAUUAUUAAGUUUUCAAAAUUGAUUCUUAAUUUUUAUUCAUUAUCCCUUUGUAUUGAAUAAAGAUAUAGAAUAGGUUGUGAGAAUAUAUAUUUGUUAUCCCUGUAGUUCCAUUUAUAGUAAAGUUAAAAAUUAUAACUAACCUGUUUAGAUUUUAUAUUAUUGUUAUACUUCAAGAUUAAAUAAAAGCUUAUUGAAA